AUGUAUAAAAAUAAAAAUAGGAUAUUCAUUUUCCGUUUUGUGCCGUUAUCAUUCAUUCCUCGGUCCGUGCCCUCAUUAUUCGACGGUCUGCUGGUCGUCAGCCCGUCGAUCGACAUUGGCCUGCCGGUCGUUAUUGACCUGUUCGUCGACGCUAGCCUAGCCGUGAUUGUUUUCCGUGUUUCCAACGACUUGUUCAUGUGCUCGCUGAUCAUCAGUGUGGUGAGAAGUGUCAGAGGUGUGCUCCGAUGGGGCAUGGUCAGUGAGGACGUCUCGAUUAUCCUCGCCACUGAUAGGUGUUGCGGCCGCGGGUUCGAAUGA